AUGGCGCGUGGUGUCAGGCAGCACGGACCUUCCGGACCCUUGAAAGCCCUCAAAGGGAAGACUCAACGGAGAGUCCCCGUGGCGCCCAGGGUGCCCAGGCCAGAGGACGAGGAUCCUCGGCUCAAGUGUAAGGACUGUGGAGCCUUCGGGCACAAGGCGUCCAGCACCAGGUGCCCCAUGAAGCGCUGGGAUGGGUCCCUGGGCCCCCAGGCCUUGGGCUCCAGGAAGCUGAAGGAAAAUGUGCAACCAGGCCACGAGCGGAACCAGCACAGGCCUGGGCCCUUGGACCAGGCUGAGAGGGAGGAGGAAGAGAGACAAAGCCUGGCCCUGCGGGUGCCCUCGUGCGGGUGGGUCCACGGGAGAGUGUGUAGACCAUGCAGGAAGGAGAGGCCACUCAGGGAGGUGAGGACUGUGUUUGACCCGGUGGGCAUGACGCCCCCGCACGCCUGCUGCCAGCAGAAGGGACGAAAUCCAGAAAUCCACGUGCGAGGAAGGCUGACUUGCCCCUCCAAAGAGCUGGGGCAGAUGGCGCGUGGUGUCAGGCAGCACGGACCUUCCGGACCCUUGAAAGCCCUCAAAGGGAAGACUCAACGGAGAGUCCCCGUGGCGCCCAGGGUGCCCAGGCCAGAGGACGAGGAUCCUCGGCUCAAGUGUAAGGACUGCAGUGCCUUUGGGCACAAGGUGUCUAGCACCAGGUGCCCCAUGAAUGGGUCCCUGGCCUCCGAGGCCUUGGCUCACAUUGCCUUCUCUUGUCUGGAGACGAGCAGUGAGCACCUGGCCAACCGCUGGACGCCGCCCCGAUGGGCCUCCCGUGAGGGUCCGCAGGCCGUCUCCAAGGCGCAUGGCCUUGGCCACGCCCAGGCACCAGCCAUGCGUCCUGAGGUCGAGUCUCCUCCUCCCGCAACCCGACGGGCUCCCGUCGCCCAGCCCCACAUGCAGGCACCAGCCAAGAGAUGGGCCCCGAUCCCCGACGAGACGUGCCAGAGCCCCCGAAAGAAAGCGCGCUGGAGCCCCUUCCAACAACCCCCCAGGAGCGCAGGGAGCACCCACGUGGGGCUUGCCCAGAGCCUGUGUCUUCCCGCAAGGGGGAGUGCAUGUGGCCCCCCAGGGGCAGCGUGCGCGACCCGGAAGACACCUGCCUCGGUGCAUGGCCUGGGCCUCCAGCCUCCACGGCCCCGACCUCAGCUGGACGUCGUCCGGCCGUGCACCGUGCCCCCGUGUCCACCCUGUCCCCAGGCUCCCGGCCAGCCCGUGCGCAUGGUCUUCCGCCGACUGUACAAAGGCGGCUGGAGCUCCAGCUUCCUAGCAGCUCCCUCACCGCCACCUCCCCCCGAGAGGCCAGCCCACCCUGCUCAGGGCCCUCCUGUCACACACGUGCCUCAGGGUCCCUGUGUGCCUGUGCCUCGGAGCGUCCUCUACGAUGACCUGCAGCUUUCGUCGUCCUUGUAUGACUAUGAUUGGCUCUGA